AUGGUUGAUCUCAACAACUUGCGGUCCCAAACGCCGUCGCGAUCGUCAUCUAGAAGAGUGCAAGCGUCCCGCAUAACCAGCAGCGAGCCUCCCGCGGGUCCUAAGCGGUCAGGUUUACUUGAUUCUGUUGAUCUGUCGUCUCUGAAGCGAAAACGUCCCGCGUCUCAAAAGGCUGAGCACGUCGCGCCGACUAGUACGCGGACCCUGCGCGCUCGCUCCUCGCAACAUAAACCGUCCGAAACGUCCAAGCGAAGUGGGUCAGCAACUGCGAAUACCAGUACUGCAACACCUGCGAAAGGAGCCUCGUCGUCAGCCAACAAGCCUAAGCGCAAGCGAGCACGAACAGCUUCCCCCUCACUGCUCCCCGCCAAGGAGGUCCCGCAAAAGCCCACGCGUAAAUCCACAGGUACCGCUCCUGCACGCCCCAAAGAUCAUACGACCAACACCGGCCUUCUGACUCCGGCAUGGUCGGCAGAAUUUCAGAGCUCUGCAACAACCAACCUCUCGCAAGGCGAGAAGAAUGUGAAGGGUUUGCGUGCGCCGUUGGCAUCCUUACCCAGCAAAAGUAUUGAUAAGGGUAAGGGUAAGGGUAAAGCAAGGGAAGUUGAAAACCAAGCCGGCCCUUCCGCUGACGAGGACAACGAUAUCCACGGCAGCCAACGCACCGAGCAGACUGCAUCCGCCCGGGGUACGAAACGUCGCAAGAUCUCCUCGCCUGCGAUAUCUCUUCCUGGGUCUCCAUCGCAAGCAUGCAGCUCGCCGGAAAUUGAUGCAGAAGACGCGGAUUCUGACCUCUCCUUCCACAUGCUGGACAUACCAGAGGUGGCUGCACUUCCAUGGCUGCCCCAGGAGCCGUCCUCGCCUGUGCGUGCCUCGGGGGGUCCCGAGGCGAGCCUGUACGUGCCCCCAGGAGUGUUGCACCUCAUCGAGAACAUGAAGCACGCGCUGGCGAUGGAGACCACCGCGCGACACAACGCCGAAGCGCGCUACGCCGAGGAGGUGCGGCGGCGGCUCGACGCGGAGUGCGCGGCGGCGGAGCUCGCGGAGGAGAACCGGCUGCUCGAGCGCGAGGCGAAGGCGUGGUCGAGCGCUGCGGCGGAGACGUUUGCGGACGCAUUCGCGCAGGCGUUUGCAACGAGCGUGAGCCCCGCGCGCACGGGCGAUGCUGACGCCGCGACGGCGGCACAGCACGCUCUGCGCGAUAUUGAACAAGCCAUCGCGUUGGCAUUCCCGCUGAAUGCUGAGAGCCUCGUCGCGGCGCUGGUGCCUGCGCUGACUUUGACAGAAGGUAAGGGGAAGGGGAAGGUGAGGGACGUGGAGAGAGAUACUAGGGAGCUGAGCCCGAGCGUGACUGAAGAGCCAGCCGCUACCCUCGAACGGCCCACCCUGUCACGGGCAUCACCCAGGCAAAUGCCUUCAGCAUCUGUGCCGAGUCGGUCAGGCGGGAGCUGA